AUGGGAACAAGCAACAGUCGUAAGUUGGAGAAUUUCUAUUCAGCUUGCUGUAAGAAUCAAAUCAGCGAAGUAAAAGAGUAUUUAAAUCAACUAUCAAUAAGCGAAUUAAACCAACAUCACGCCAAUGGCAAUACGGCCUUACACACUGCCUGUCAGAAUGGUUUUCACGAAAUCGUUCAAAUGUUACUCAGAAAGGGCGCUUCUAGUACAGCUCUCAAUGAUGAUCGACAAACACCUGUUGAGCUUGCGAAAACACCUGAAAUAAGAGCACUUUUCAAACAAGCAGCAUGA